GGAUACAGCGUGAGGAACCCAUGCCGCAGAUUUAUCUGUCUAGCUACUGAUAGAAAGACAAAGACAAAGGUUAAAGCAGCAGAAAUGUACCGCGGGCAUUCCUUCUCCUGACAGUCUUUACUGAGGGGAUAUCGACCUUUACUCCCUACUAUGAUUGCUUCCUGGUUCAUUUUAACACAACACUGUGUUUGCUGCAAGUCUUCACUGUUGUUCCACUAAACCAACCUGACAUCCGAUUGUAAACUUGUUAAGAAGAAACAGAAGAAAGAACCAGCGAGGCUACUGCAGGUUCGGAUAUAAUGUCAGCUGUCACUAACUCAUUUGAAAAUGUGAAAGCAGUUAUCUUAUCAUGUCAUAAGGACUCCUCAUCCAGAGAAAAGGUCAACUUCUACAACUCCUGGGCAGAGAACUAUGACCAGGAUGUGGCUGUUCUGGACUACCGUGCACCAAGUCUGGCAGCAAAAAACAUCUCCUCUCAUUUUGUCGGCGAUCGUGAAGCAGCUGUCGUGUUGGAUGUGGCCUGUGGUACAGGACUGGUGGCCAAACAGUUGAAGAGUUAUGGAUUUGCACACUUUGUGGGUAUUGAUGGAAGCGAAGCUAUGUUGGAGUUGGCCAGAGAGAGUGGAUUUUACCAGGACCUGAAGCAAUGCCUGCUGGGAGAGGACCAUCUACCUGUCCAGUGCGGUUUGUUUGAUGUGGUUGUGAUCGUUGGAGCGCUGAGUGUUGGUCAGGUCCCGGUUGAUGUGGUCAAAGAGUUAUGCAAAUGCACCAAACCAGGUGGCUACGUUUGCAUGACAACCAGGGGUAAUCGUGACAAUGUGGAAUACAAAGCUGCCCUGGAGUGUGAGCUGAAGCAGAUGGAGGAAGAGGGGCUGUGGACUUGUGUAGAGGUCGCUGAGGUGGAAGACUGGGAGAGAGCGGUGUCAGAGCAGGAGGACGGCUACAUAUCUGGUGCUGUGUACAUCUAUAAGAAACUACAACUAUAGCACAAUGCAUGACCAUGUAGAUGUGACAUCACACCAGCAAAGAUGCAAAACAACAUCAUUCAAGAAGAUACAAAACAUUUGAUUAAACCAUUUUAUUUUCCUACAGAUGUACAGUGCCAUGUUAAUAGAUGAUUGCAUAAACGUGAGAACCAUGUAAUAAAUGAGGGUGUAACUCA